AUCAGCAAGCUGCUUGAGCACCCCCAAGUGUUCGACGGCGUCGGCGUGCUUGUCGACGUUGGCGGGGGCACCGGUGCCACCCUGGCGAUGAUCGCAAACCGGUACAAGCACAUCAGGGGCAUCAACUUCGACAUGUCCCAUGUCAUCUCUGAAGCUCCAUCGCUUCCAGGCGUGGAACAUGUAGCUGGAAGUUGGUUUGAUAGCAUACCCACUGGAGAUGCAGUUUUUAUGAAGUGGAUCCUCCAUAUGCAAAACGACGACGACUGCAUCAAGAUCCUGAAGAACUGCCACCGAGCUCUCCCGGACAAGGGGAAGGUGAUUGUCGUGCAGAGCAUCCUGCCGGAAACCCCGGAGUCGACACCAGCUGCACGGGAUUCCUUCACCAUGGAUAUAAUCAUGCUUGUCAACUUCAAUGGUGGGAAGGACAGGACGGAGCAGGAGUACGCCAAGCUUGCCAGGGAUGCUGGCUUCGCGGGCGCCUUCCGGUCAACCUAUAUAUUCUGCAACAUUUACGCUCUCGAGUUUACCAAGUAGUUAUACUUGUCAUGAAUAAGAGCUACUAGCUCACCUGCGUACGUAUGAUAUGUUUGUAUUCUCGAAUAAGCCAUAAAUUUGUAUAUGGCAUCUAUCUAUCUAUCUAUCUAUCAAUCUAGGACUCAUUGUUUGGUUUCUGCCAGCAAUAGAUAAUGCCUUCCACUUCUUUCCAA